UAGCUAGAUAGAUAGAUAGUUAGAUAGAUAGAUAGAUAGAUAAAUAAAUAGUUAGAUAGUUAGAUAGAUAGAUGAAAAGGAAAUUAAUCUCAAAAUAGACUAAGACUUAAAUGUGUCAAAUUUAAUUGAAGGGAUAAUGAGACAUAAGGGUGGUAUAAGAGGAUUUUAAACGUUGUUGUUUUUUCCACAAUCAUCUGUUCUUUACUAUUUUCCACGCCAGCAAAUCUUCAUUAGACCCAUAAUGAACAUUUUUUUUCCCCCUCAAAUUAUCCCAUUACGUCGGACAUAAACAACUCAAAGUACCGCCUCUUAUUGGCUGUGCGCAGGGUCACGUGACCCGCGCGGCCGUCCGUCUAUUUGACAGCCGCAGGAUGGCUUGAUGCCAGAGGGGGAAAAAGAGACAGAGAGAGGGGAGAGAAAGAAAAAUUAGUAUUCUCCUACCAACCUCGCUAUAAAUCAAUCAUGGAGUCCUACGUGGUGAGCUGUAAAUAUGCUGAGCCGCAGUUCCCGCCUUGUGAAGAAGAUUACAGUAAUUUUAGUGACCAAGGGGGGUAUUACAACAACCCUCAGGACAGUGGUACUUAUGGAAGGGGCUACCAGUCCAUGCAGCCCCCUCCACCUCCAUACACAGCACAACAAACAGGCUAUCAACAUUCUUUGCAGGGACACCACCGGGAGGAUGGAGAGGAGCACGCGCAGCACCAAGCUGCGUCUUUCCCUGGCUACAGGGAGACAGAAGCGCCCGGUAAGGAGAGGUUCCCCGUCGGUGACCUGCAGUGGAUGACCUGUACAAAGCCCGCUCAGGUGCAGAGGAAGACGACCUGCCAGGGGAAAGACAAGCCGCCUAUUGUUGUGUAUCCGUGGAUGAAGAAGGUGCAUAUCGCCCAUGUUAAUCCUAACCACCAUGGACCGGAACCAAAGCGUUUACGGACGGCGUAUACCCGCCAGCAGGUUCUGGAGCUCGAGAAGGAGUUCCACUUCAGCCGGUACCUCACGCGCCGCCGUCGCGUCGAGGUGGCCCACGCGCUCUGCCUGUCCGAGCGGCAGGUGAAGGUUUGGUUCCAGAACCGGCGCAUGCGCUGGAAGAAAGACAACAAGCUACCGAACACCAAAGGAAAGAACAAGAACAAGAAAACGACUGACAACAACAACAACAACAACAACAACAACAACAACAACAAGAACACUAACAGCAGCGACAGUAACGUAAAGGCGGUGAUAACGGUGUGAACACAGGAUGGUGGGCACAGUGGACGCCGUGUUAGCACCUUCACUUUCCAAACUGAUACAGAGUGACUUUAGUGAACUGAAAUAUCUAUGAACUGCUUUAAAAUUACAGGUUCUCUAUUUGCAGGCCUAUAUGGAUUAUAGGCCUAUUUCGUUAACCACGUUUAUGGCUUUGUAAUCAAUAUCCUGACAUGACAUUUUAAUUCAUAAAAACUGUGCUUAGGUCCUAUUUUUAGGGUAAACUUCUCUUUUGGAAAUGGUCAGGCAUAUGUCUGGUAAAAUGAAGGUGUUACAUUUUUCGCACUCCGAUGUUAGAGGCGCUUGUUGACGAUAAGUUGCAUCCACGGUGAGAGACCGUGUCUUUGUCUUUGGAGAAAACAGGGUUUUUAUUUCUACAGGGUAAACAUAAUACAGGGUUUUAUAAUAGCUACCUAGAGGAUGAAAUUGCUUAAUUUAUGAAUGUGCACAUUACCAAAUGUUGUGACCACAAACUGGCGCUUAAAGGGGCAAGAAUAGGCAUUUUAAAUUGCUCGCAGGUCGACUUAAAGGUUGAAAAUCAAUUUCAAGCAUUUAUUUUGUACCUAAGGGAGUAUACAUGCAUAGUAGAAGGAUAAAUAGCCAUAUCGUGCAGAUUUUUUUUUUUAUAUCUCCAAAGGUGAAUGAACCUUUAAAAAAGAAAUAAUAUAGGGUAAAAGUUCUAUGCUUUGAGAAAAAAAGAAAUAGCCAAAUUGGAGGUUUGAAUGCACGACGCUGACUGUAAAUCCAGCUUUUUUCUCAGGGUUACAGGGUUUUGACAGACAGAACUUUAAAAAAAACCGUUCAUCAUUUGAUUUAGUAGGCCUACCGAAAAAACAAAGCGAAACGCUUUUUCAAAAAUGUUUUCUUUGAUUCCAGUUUAAUAUGCUAUCGAUUUUUUUUAUACAGCCUAUAUGUCAGUACUUAGCCUAUUUGUAUUAUUUAGAAGCGUAUUUUAUUCUUUGUAGAAAGAAUCAUCUCUGCUCGUUUUUUAUGCUUUCAUUUUUGAAAAAAAAAAGAAAAAGUCAAAAUAAAAAACUUAGUUUAAGAAUUUUAUAGGUGGAAAUGUUUUGAUACUUAAAAAUAAAAAA